GAAUGGGACCUCUGAUUGCCACUGGCUGUCUAUAUAAGUGGCCAAAUUCGACUUUAGCUUCACCUUUCCCACCACAUCAGCGAAAGACAGAAUGAAUCUCUUUGGCUUGGUCUCUUUUGUUCUUAUUUUCGGGUGUCUUCUGUCUCAAGGCACGGCUGCAGACGCAUCGAGGAAUGUGGCAACACGAAGACCACCACCUGCGCCAAAGUCUCUGCAACGAGUAGGAAUGACCCAAAGUGAUGUCACUUACAAGCCACCGGAAGCAAGUAGAGCUUCAGCUUCUAAUGCUCCAAGACGAACAUCAGUGAGACAGAGUGAAUUGAUAAACAGGCAAUCGCCUGCAAGUCGACCACAGCAUAGAAGGGUUCAAAGUCUCUCCCAAAUUGAAAGACCUAUCUCUGCUGAACAAAGCAGACAGAGUGGUGGUCUUGCCACUCAUCAACGUAGCGGUUCCAGCGUACAGCCUAAUACCGCGCCACAAAGGGCAACUUCAGGCCAACUAUCUCAAUCGAGAAGGCUGGACCGAAGUGCCUCAGGAUCAGUCCGUUCUGUGAGCGAUUUGAGAACGCCAGUAGUGGGUCAAAAGGUGAGCGGUCGACGACCACCACCGGCGAUACGAGUAACUUCGGAUUCUCAACGAUCACAAGCUCCGCCUUCUGUUUCUCAAGCACGACCAUCUGGACAACACAGUAGAACGCAAAGUCAAACUCAACUGGGUCGUAGCACCUCCAUGCCUCAUACUGCUAGCCAAGUAGGUCAUGGUGGAAGUCAUCAACGCAGUAUCUCAGGUGUACAAUCAAGCAUGGCGGCAUCAAGAGGUACAACUUCAUCUGGAGUUUUGCAACAAUCACGACGGUUGAGUCGAGAAAUAUCUAGACCGGCAUGGCGUCCAUAAUGCAUUUUGAGGUGUAGCUAUUCUUUAUUGCCUGUUCGUUUCUGUCAUGUAUUGUUUGUUAUAAUUUAUUCUGAAUGUACAUUUAUUAAGAGCAG